GUCGCCCUUCAGACCACAUCUCUAUCUACCGACAGUAUCAUCAUUACAUCCUUCCAACGUGCACCAUUUUGCUGCCAUGAGGACCUUGUUACCAUGCCUCGCCCUGAACUCGUACAGGUUGCUCAGAGCAUCAAUGGACGUCUGCCAAAGGCACUGCAAAUU